AGGCCUGUCUCCCCGCCUGUGUGUGUCGGGCAGGCGAGCGGCCAGUUUCGGGCUGUCUGCCUCUGUCUCCCCCCCCGUCCGCCUGUCCCCUUCUCUUCCCCUCUACCUCCGGACGCCUAUUCAUGUUGGGGGUUUUCCCUGCUUCUUUUUCUUCUCCUCCUCCUCCUCUCCCUUCCGUAGUCUUCUCAUGCGUCUCAUGUUUUCGCUCCCGUCAGUAAUAUAAUUUCACACCCUAGCUCCUCGGACGGUUCCCCAGCCGCCUCCAACCGAUCAUGUUUUCAACAGCGGAGCCCGAUCCAUCGUCCCCAACACCACCAGUGCAGACACUCUCAACUUUCAAACCUCCUAUUAGACCCGAUUUUGGCACAAUGGGUCGACCAAUCAAGCUUCAGGCCAAUUUCUUUGAAGUGGACAUUCCAAAAAUUGAAAUCUAUCAUUAUGAUAUUGAUAUAAAGCCGGACAAAUGCCCAAGAAGAGUAAACAGAGAAAUUGUUGAACACAUGGUUCAACAUUUUAAAAAUCAGAUAUUUGGCGACAGAAAACCAGUGUUUGAUGGAAGAAAGAACCUCUACACUGCUAUGCCUCUUCCUAUAGGGCGAGACAGGGUGGAGCUUGAGGUGACUUUACCAGGCGAAGGAAAGGAUAGAAUUUUUAAGGUGGUGAUAAAAUGGGUGGCAUGUGUCAGCCUCCAAGCCUUGCAUGAUGCACUUUCAGGUCGACUCCCAUCAAUUCCUUUUGAAUCUAUUCAAGCACUGGAUGUUGUGAUGAGACAUCUACCAUCCAUGAGGUACACUCCAGUAGGCCGUUCAUUCUUCACACCUUCAGAGGGAUGUUCCAACCCAUUGGGAGGGGGCAGGGAAGUCUGGUUUGGAUUUCAUCAGUCAGUCAGACCUUCAUUAUGGAAAAUGAUGCUUAAUAUUGAUGUAUCUGCUACAGCAUUUUACAAGGCUCAGCCGGUGAUUGAAUUCAUGUGUGAAGUUUUGGAUUUUAAAAAUAUUGAAGAACAGCAGAAGCCAUUAACUGACUCUCAGAGAGUAAAAUUCACAAAGGAGAUAAAAGGACUUAAGGUGGAGAUAACUCAUUGUGGACAAAUGAAGAGAAAAUACAGAGUAUGCAAUGUUACUAGAAGACCAGCAAGCCAUCAAACAUUCCCACUUCAGCAAGAGAAUGGGCAGACUGUUGAAUGCACAGUAGCACAAUAUUUCAAGGAUAAGCACAAACUAAAUCUUCGCUAUCCUCAUUUACCAUGUCUACAAGUCGGACAGGAGCAAAAGCACACCUAUCUUCCUCUUGAGGUGUGUAAUAUUGUAGCUGGACAGAGAUGUAUAAAGAAGCUGACAGACAAUCAAACCUCAACUAUGAUUAGAGCCACUGCCAGAUCUGCACCAGACAGACAGGAUGAGAUCAGCAAACUGAUGAAAAGUGCUAGUUUUAAUGCUGACCCCUAUGUUCGGGAAUUUGGAAUAGGUGUGAGAGAUGACAUGACAGAUGUUCCAGGUCGAGUUCUUCAGGCACCUUCCUUGCUGUAUGGUGGUCGGAACAAGACAAUUGCUACUCCCAUUCAAGGUGUAUGGGAUAUGCGAGGUAAACAGUUUCAUACAGGCAUUGAAGUCAAAGUGUGGGCCAUUGCCUGUUUCGCUCCACAGAGGCAGUGCAGAGAAGAUACACUCAAAGCAUUCACAGAUCAAUUAAGAAAGAUAUCCAGGGACGCUGGCAUGCCAAUACAAGGUCAACCUUGUUUCUGUAAAUAUGCACAAGGGGCUGAUAGUGUCGAGCCAAUGUUCAGGCAUCUGAAGAACACCUAUGCAGGGCUUCAACUGGUGGUGGUGGUGCUUCCCGGGAAAACUCCAGUUUAUGCGGAGGUUAAACGUGUGGGGGAUACGUUACUCGGCAUGGCAACUCAGUGUGUGCAGGUGAAAAAUGUGCUGAAAACCUCCCCACAAACACUUUCCAACCUUUGCCUGAAGAUCAACGUAAAGUUGGGAGGUGUCAAUAACAUAUUGGUGCCACAAGGAAGGCCGGCUGUGUUUCAGCAACCAGUAAUAUUUUUGGGUGCCGAUGUAACGCAUCCACCAGCUGGUGAUGGGAAGAAGCCCUCUAUUGCUGCGGUGGUGGGGAGCAUGGAUGCUCAUCCAAGUCGCUAUUGUGCCACAGUACGGGUUCAGCAACAUAGACAGGAGAUUAUCCAGGACCUUGCUAUCAUGGUCAGAGAACUACUCAUUCAGUUUUACAAAUCUACCCGUUUCAAGCCCACACGUAUUAUAUUUUAUCGUGAUGGUGUUUCAGAAGGACAAUUUCAACAGGUGUUGCAUCAUGAGUUGCUGGCCAUUCGUGAGGCAUGUAUAAAGCUGGAAAAGGACUACCAGCCUGGCAUUACCUUCAUUGUGGUUCAGAAACGGCAUCACACCAGACUGUUUUGUACUGACAAGAAUGAAAGGGUCGGUAAAAGUGGCAAUAUCCCAGCAGGCACAACAGUGGACACAAAAAUAACACAUCCUUCAGAAUUUGACUUUUACUUGUGCAGCCAUGCUGGUAUUCAGGGAACAAGCCGACCAUCUCACUACCAUGUACUAUGGGAUGAUAAUCGUUUCAAUGCAGAUGAACUUCAAAUUCUCACAUAUCAACUUUGCCAUACGUAUGUUCGAUGUACGCGGUCAGUUUCCAUCCCAGCGCCAGCCUAUUACGCUCAUUUGGUGGCUUUCCGUGCCAGAUAUCAUUUGGUGGACAAGGAACAUGACAGUGCUGAAGGAAGUCACACAUCAGGCCAGAGCAAUGGCAGAGAUCAGCUGGCUCUAGCGAAAGCUGUACAGGUUCACCAGGACACACUACGCACUAUGUAUUUUGCUUGACAAGUGUAUUCGGUUGGUGUUUCUGAACAGAGCUGGGCUAAGACAAGACCGGCUGUAUUUUACCAGGCAAUGUAGUGAAGAAUGAGUUGCUAGUUGUAUUGCUGUGUACACUGCCGUACCUUGCAAGUCUCCCUCAAUUAUGGGGUUCAGUGUUACACAGUAAUGUUUUAAUCAAGCCAAAUGUAAUGUUUUCCUUGAAAAGCAAAAGCAUUAAUAUUUGGAGGUCUGUGGUAGUUGUAUCAGUACAUAUCUCCACCACUGCAAGUUGAAUAAAUGCAGCCUAAUUCUGCAUUAGAUUUAAACUUGGUAGAAAGCUUUUCAAAGAAGAGAUAUGUGGAUGCAUUAAAGUAUGCAUUAGCAACUGCAUAUUUGAUUAAGGUUUGUUUAGGAUGGCAAAGUAAUGUAAGAAUUUAGAGGAUGGUGUGACUCUAAAGACAAAGUAUCCCAUUUGUUGGCUUCAAAUGGCAGAAUUUUGAGUUUCAAAAUUGAACAUUAAUGGCAUUCCUUUUAUUAGAUCUGGAGUUUUAUCCAGUCAAUUCAAUUAAGACUACUGUAAUACAGUACUGUGAAAUAUGGCAAUCUUAAGUCAGAAUGGGGGCAAAGGUCUUUUAACAUAAAAUAAAUUUAUGAACAGCAA